GCUUGGCCCCACUGUUGUUGUCAGCCAGUGUGUGUGUGUGUGUGCAACUUAGAAGGGCUGAGGGUUCUGUGUUUGGAUUGAGGUAAACUCAGGAGGAAACAGCCGCAAGCAUGACUGCCGUGCAUCGUUUGGUUAUCGUCCGCCACGGCGAGAGCUCCUGGAACCAAGAGAACCGCUUCUGCGGCUGGUUCGAUGCCGACCUCAGUGAGAAGGGUGUCGGGGAGGCCACGCGGGGCGCCAAGGCCAUCAAGGACGCGGGCCUCAAGUUCGACGUGUGCUACACCUCCGUGCUGAAGCGCGCCGUCAAGACCCUGUGGACCAUCAUGGAGGGCACGGACCAGAUGUGGCUGCCCGUGAUCCGCACCUGGCGUCUGAACGAGCGCCACUACGGAGGCCUCACCGGUCUCAACAAGGCCGAGACGGCCGAGAAGCACGGCGAGGAGCAGGUGAAGAUCUGGCGCCGUUCGUUCGACAUCCCACCUCCACCCAUGGACAAGGACCACGCCUACAACAAAAUCAUCAGUGAGUCCCGGCGCUACAAGGGCCUGAAGCCCGGCGAGCUGCCCACGUGCGAGUCGCUGAAGGACACCAUCGCCCGUGCCCUGCCUUUCUGGAAUGACGUCAUUGCACCCGAAAUCAAGGCCGGGAAGAACGUUAUCAUCGCUGCCCAUGGCAACAGCCUCCGUGGCAUCGUCAAGCACUUGGAGGGCAUGUCUGAUGCGGCCAUCAUGGAGCUGAACCUGCCCACAGGAAUCCCCAUCGUGUACGAGCUGGACGCGGACCUGAGGCCCGUCAAGCCCAUGUCUUUCCUCGGCGACGAGGAAACCGUGAAGAAGGCCAUGGAGGCCGUGGCCGCCCAGGGUAAAGCCAAGAAGUAAACGUGCUUCUGGAAAAAGCAGCAAAAAGAAUAGACUGUCCCCCCUUUUCCUCGUCCAUGUGUCCAUCCUUGUAGUCCAUUCCAACAGGGGAAUUGUUUUAACAGCUCUUUUGGAGACGGGCCAUUUUCAGCACGUUGGCCUUGUUUUGUUGAAACGACAGACAAGAGGGAUGACUCGUCAAUCUGUGCAGGCAGCCUGGCCUCACAUUUUAUGCAGCCACGCAUCACUCAGCCCUUUUAAAUUGCGGUCAAGCCCUAUUUUGAGGGCCCCACCACCCUGACACAACCAAUAAAGAAGCCAGAUUUUUACUUA